AUGUAUAUAAAAUCUUGCAGUACAGACUGUAGUAUCAGUAGUAACAGCAGAAGGAUAACAUGAGGACUGCGGUCCUGUGGGGCCUGCUGGCCCUACUGUGUCAGCACACACUGAUUAGCAGCCAUAUACUGGGAAGGGCCUCUUCUACCAGUGACCUUGCUCAGCUUAAGUCUUUACUGAAGCGCUUUGAGGAGACUCUGACUGAAGCAGCCCAGGAGGAGGACUCUGAAGCUGAUUAUGAAGGGACCAACCAAGAGCCUGAGCGGACUAGUGCUCUGAACCAGGUCAGUCGAGAAUGGAGCCUGGACCAGGAGGGGGACCAAGAACCUCUCAUAUCAGAAAGAUCUCAACCAACAGUGGAGCGCAACAGCAGGGCCAUGAGUCAGAGGCGCCGUCUGCAGGAUCUGCUGAUGACCACCAGGAAACGGGCCUCUAGCUGCUUUGGAGCUAGAAUGGAUCGAAUAGGAAAUGCUAGCGGUCUGGGAUGCAACAAUGGAAGAGGGUAGUCUGACAGUUUCCUGGGACACCGGUUGAUUAUAGUUUGAUCUUCAGCUGAAGACGCAACCAAAGAGAUUUGAUAUGUAUGAUUUCGCAUUACUCACAGUUCAACUGUGUGUAUCUCUUGUGUGUUUUUAUGUUACAUUACACCCAUACAUGGAAAUGAGCUAACUACAUAACUGCAUGUGGGUUGCUAACAAAGAUAAAUAAAGUCUUUUUUCAUAUUAAAAAUUCUGUCGUUUUU